CUACCCAAUAUUAUCUUUUAACAAAUUAUAAAUACAUCAUAUAUGCUCCCUAAAUUACGUCGUAGUAAGAGAAAGAGAAACAAGCGAAAGCUCAACUUCUCAAAACUUUCAGCAAACAAUUCAUUCGGUAUUAAUCAAAUCUAGGGUUUCUGCUUAACAGGCGUGUGUUAGAAUUUUUAUUGGUAAAGUUGGAAUUUUUUUUUGAAGAUUGGUUAAGUUGGAAUUUUUAUUGUCAUUUAAUUGGGGAAUUUUCGUGUUGGUGAAAGCUGAGUGAGUGAGGGGAGAAUUGGAGGGGUUGAAUAAGCAGAUGAGUGCUGCUCCAAAAAGGGGGGGACACGAGGAAGGUGUUCAUUCGUCGUCUUCCUCGAUGCGCCCGGGCUUUGGGGGUGAGGAGGAGGAGAAUACUGGCUUUCCAAGGGUUAGUUUUGGGACAGUUCAAGAGUCUAGACCUGGGUUGAUACCCCGUCCGGAGUCCCGUGAUGGGGAAAGAAGAUCCCCUUUGCAUUCGAUGUAUAAAAUGGCGUCUUCUAUGACUGAUUCGCCACAGGUUAGCCAUCCUGUUGUGGGUCCUGAAGUUAGGACAGAAUCAAGGGAUCCCAAGGAUAUUAGAGAAAACAAGGGUGUGGAGAGUAAUAGAGAUAUGAAAGUUGAUCAGAGAGAGGUGCAUCAUCAUGUAGUCAAGGCUGAAAAGGAGAGUAGGUUGGAUGAGAGUAAAGAAGGGAAAUAUGAAAGAGAGGGUCGUAAUGAUUCGAAGAGUGAAGUAAAAGUGGAAAAGGAUGUUUAUGGAGUGGCAGGGAGUCAUCCCAAUUGGAAAGAGCAACAUAGAGGGAAAAAACAUCCUGAUGUUCCAGGUGGUGGUGGAAUGACUAGCUUUUGGAUGAAUGCUUCUCAAAUGCGUCCCAAAUAUGACUCUACAAGGGAUGUUUCUGUGCCUUUCCUUCGCACAGAAACGAAUGAGGCUGUAGGAGAGAAUAGAGUUGAUCUUAAAAGUGACGAGAAGUACAAGGACAAGGAGAGGAAGCGGAAAGAAGGGAAGCACCACGAUUGGCCAGAUAGUGACAAGGACAGGAAUGAUCAUAAGAGUAAUCCACAAGUUGGUGGUAGUAGUAAUAAUGAUUUCAAGGAAGUAAUAAGAGAAGAGAGAGAAUCUGAGCAGUGGGGGAAGGAGAGAAAAGAUACCCUGAAAGAGAAGGAAAGACCCAAAGAAAGAGAAAAAGAUCAUGUUGACAGGGAAGGUCGGAUUGGUGGGGAGAAAGAGGCUCAUCAAAAUGAGAAAGAGAUAGUAGAUAAACCAUCUGUACCAGAAAAUUUUGCUUUGGAACAGAAGAAACCAACUGAAUCUUGGAGAAACAUGGAAAGAGAAGCUAAAGAGAGGAGGAAAGAGAGAGAUGGUGACUUAGAAGGAGAAAGGCCUGAGAAGCGAAGUAGGGGCAACGAUAAAGAGCUGGUUGAAGGAGGUGCUGAUGUUGAUGGUGCUAUGGACAGGGAAAGAGAUGCCUUUAGUUACGGGGUGCAGCAGCGGAAGAGGAUGCUUCGUCCGAGAGGAAGCCCCCAAGUUGCUAAUCGUGAUGGACACUUAAAGUCUCGUGGUCAAGAUGGAGAAGGGUCUCAAGGUAAACCCGAGGUCUCAACUAUUUACAGAGUUGGUGAAUGCAUGCAAGAAUUGACAAAAUUGUGGAAAGAAUAUGAAUCAUCUCAGGCUGAUAAAAAUAGCGAUAAUUUAUGUAAUGGCCCUACUCUGGAAAUCAGGCUUCCUGCUGAACAUGUCACUGCAACAAACCGUCAAGUAAGGGGUGGACAGCUUUGGGGAACAGAUAUAUAUACUGAUGACUCAGAUCUUGUUGCCGUUCUCAUGCACACAGGUUAUUGUCGGCCCACAGCAUCUCCCCCUCCAGCAGCUAUUCAAGAGUUACGUGCAACUGUACGGGUUCUACCUCCACAAGAUAGUUAUGUGUCUACUUUGCGAAACAACGUUCGAUCUCGUGCGUGGGGAGCUGCAAUUGGCUGUAGUUAUCGUGUUGAACGUUGCUGUAUCAUGAAGAAAGGCGGUGGAACCAUUGAUCUUGAACCUUGCCUCACGCAUACAUCUACAAUUGAGCCUACCUUGGCUCCGGUUGCUGUGGAGCGCUCAAUGACAACUAGAGCUGCAGCCUCGAAUGCAUUGCGGCAGCAAAGGUUUGUACGGGAAGUCACAAUUCAAUACAACCUCUGCAAUGAACCUUGGAUCAAAUAUAGUAUUAGUAUUGUAGCUGAUAAGGGCUUGAAGAAGCCCUUGUAUACAUCAGCACGCCUGAAGAAGGGAGAAGUUCUCUAUUUAGAAACUCAUUUGUGCAGGUACGAGCUCUGCUUUACAGGCGAGAAGAUUGUUAAAGCCUCAUCUGUCUCACAGACACAUGAACCGGAGUCGGAUAAAUCCCAGAACCAUGUUCAAUCUGCAAACGGUGAAAGAAAUACUGCCGAAGGUGAUAACAUGGUUGUAGACAUGUUCCGGUGGUCGAGGUGUAAAAAGCCCCUUCCACAGAAGUUUAUGCGAACAAUUGGGAUUCCUCUGCCUGUUGAACAUGUCGAGGUAUUAGAAGAAAAUCUUGAUUGGGAGGAUGUGCAGUGGUCUCAAACCGGUGUCUGGGUCUCCGGAAAAGAAUACCCGCUUGCAAGGGUGCAUUUUUUAUCUCCAAACUAACCACUUCCUCUUUUUAUCUGGGGUUAAUCUGGGGUUGAAGUAGUCAAUAUUAUAUAUAGGGGCUGUUAUAUAUUUAAGUUUAUGUAAUGAGAAACUCCAAUCCCCAGUUUUAUGUUGAUCUUUAAAGUAUUAUCUGUAUUGUUCCAGUUUCCAUGGCAUCUUUUGUUUUGUAUCACUAUAAACAUUCUGAGUAUAUUAAUACUCGAAGAGGCUAAUAAUAAUCUAAAUGGUUUGCAACA